AUGGGGAAGAUUGCAUUCUUCGAGGAUAAGAAUUUCCAAGGCCGAAGCUAUGAGUGCAGCACUGACAGUCCUGACCUGCGCUCUUAUUUCAGCCGCUGCAACUCCAUUAAGGUGGAGAGUGGUUGCUGGGUGCUGUACGAGCGUCCCAACUACACUGGCAACCAGUACAUCCUGAGCCCCGGGGAAUACCCUGAUCACCAACAGUGGAUGGGAUUCAAUGAUAGCAUCAUGUCAUGUCGCGCUGUCAAAAAUGUAUAUGGAAAGUCCUGGAAGAUUAGAUUCUACGACAAGCAGGAUUUCGGCGGCCAAGUGGCAGAAUGUGUUGAGGAUUGCCCAUUGGUUUACGGGGUCUUCAAGUUCCGGGAGUUCCACUCCUGUGUGGUGAUAGAUGGUGCGUGGGUCCUCUACGAGCUGCCCAACUACCACGGACACCAGUACUUCCUGGAACGUGGCGAGUACCGCAACUAUACAGACUGGGGCGCCACCUCCCCUGCUGUGGGAUCCUUCCGCAUGAUCACAGAGUUCUAGAACAGCAGCGACCAUUCCAGGGUUCUGCAGCCCCUAAAAGAGUUAUUUGAAUGCUAAGGCCACCAACAUUCUAGAAUUCUAAAUAAAAUCAAGCUCCUGAACACUGAGUUCCAGAACAUGAGUUCUAAAACCCCUACAAUGUUCCAAAGCCCUAAGGCAACCAAAAUUCCAAAUUCUUUUAAAAGUUAAGAGUUCCGAAGUCUUGCCAUUGACGUUCUGGAAUCUUGAGGAAGUUCUAGAACCCCUCAAGUAGUUCAGACUUCCAGAGGGCUAAGAUUCGAGAACCCUUCGGCCUCCCACCUUGUCUGAUAUAAGACAGAAUUGUUACAAACUCCUUAUACCCCAUUUCCAGAACAGUAAGUCAACUCGGUGGAGUGGGUAGAUUCAAAGGUCUGGACCCAGGCAACCUUCCACCUGCUUUUUCCAUUUGGACAUUCGUCCUCUCCCCAGAACCCUGAGUGUUGCACUCAAAUGAAUAAAAGUA